AUGCCGAUAUCGCGAAGCUCUUCUCACGUAUUACCAGAAGUCCUGGUGGUGUUUGUUAUAGAUGGCAGCUGGCGGAUGAACAAACAUUUUCGUAGCGUCUGUGAAAAAAUACUCCACCCUAUUAUACAGAAACUCAAGUCACCUAAAGUGAUAGACUUGGAAGAUAAACAGAAUAAAGACAGAGUCACUCCCGCAUUACGCUAUGGCCUGGUGAUCUUCCGCGAUUUCCACAGUAUUAAUAUUGUAGAAUCACGACACUUCAACGCAGACUUAAAUGAUUUCUACAUGCAACUAGACUCGUUGGUUUUUUGUCAGGGCGGAUUCGAAAAUGCAAUUGCAGAAGGCCUAAUAGCCGCAGUGGAAAUGUUCGAUACCCAUAAGCAACAAAUACAUUCCGAGUUGAUAGAGCCAGAAAAACAUUGCAUUUUGGUGACUAACAGUAACCCGUUGAUGGAUGAUGCUGUUCAUCAUAAUGAAGAUGAGAGAUAUGACGAAUACAAUAUGACUGACAUAUGUGAAGAGAUGGCGAGGCAAAAUAUACAUCUAUCGCUGGUCGUGCCCGACCGGGAAUUGAAAUUGGUAAACUUAGACAACAUUGUGAGGACUGUCAAUAAAGAGAAGGAAGUAAUCGAUUUAUCCCAAGAGUUCGAUGUAGGAAUGUUAAGAUUAUCUGAUAUUGAGAUAGAGCCAGUAAACAACGAACCAACUUCCCCAACAAUGACAACACAACAAGACAUUAAACGUCCCCGGACAGAGGACGCUAGCGAUCAAGCAAAUGUAGACGCACCACAAACAAAGAAAAUCAAGACUGAGAAAACAGCUUCUACGGAUAACCAGAAUAUUAAUAAAUCAACUCAUAUCCCAUCUCCAUCUCCAUCCCAACACACUAUCGUUCAGCCGACACCAAGGUUGGGAACACAACAACAACCGCAAAUCCAAAGAGAUACGAAUGCUAACAUAAUUUCAAUAAAUACUCCACGGCAUAAUGGAACAUCACCGGGGUCUCAAAUUGGUCCUCGGAGAACAGGAACACCUGUCAGACCUAAUCCCGUCGCGCAUCCUAAUUCAACGGCAACACCUGUAACCUCGUCUCAUUUAACAGCACGUCCCAAUUCUAUGCCAAAUCCGCAUAGACUGUGGAGUAGUCCAGAAGCAGUAGCUCAGUUGACUCCACAGCAAGUGCAGCAAGUACAAGUCUGGAAAAGUCUACCACAUUCUGUAUAUCCUAAUAGAAACUUGCAGCAGCACCAGCAACAGCUUGCUGCAGCUUUCAGGAAUCAACUUAUACAUGCAAAUAAUGCUGGAAGCUCAACUGGUACCGGAAUUACUACCAGUCCAGCGCAAGUUGCCAACGCUAUAAAUAUCGCAAACGGACUCGUUGGAUUGCAAACCACUCCUAAGUCACAGAACAGUACCACCCCGACGCAAGGAUCUGUCCAACGAACUCAUCAAACACCAUCGACCGUUUCAGCCAACUUAACAUCACAAAUGAACAUAAGCAAUGCGCAAGGACCGCAUAACGGAGUUUUGUCCGGCAUGACACAGCAACCGAGUCUUCCACAGGUACCGCCAAGACCGAGUAAGGCGCCUGUUGUAUGGAACGGUCAAAUCGCUUGGCAGGCUAAUCAGCCUGGUACGCCGCAUCGCCAGGAAUUGAGUUGCGAUAUUUUCGCUUUAGCUAUUCCAAGCAACGCGCCAAACAACAUAUCUUUGGAUAAAUACCAAGUAAACUUGUGGCCUAACAAGAUGGUUAUAACAGGCGUCACAUCUACAAAGGACUUGGGACAUUCAUCUGAAUCACAAUCGUAUGUAUUAUUGUGUGCAAACACACAGUCUGGACCUAAUGCAUCUCAGAAUAAAGAAAGAUUUGAGAUAUUGAAGAGAUCAUUAGAAAAGAGAAACAUAGUUGGUCAAAUACGGUUUCCGAACUCGCCAAUACAAAACACUGGAAUGGCUAUUUUCGUUAAUAAAGAUAACUUAUUUGGAAAAUUAUAUCUAGACUCACCAAUGCCACGUAAGCUGGUGAAUAUUCAGCCCGGACAACAGCAGCCUACGAGACCCAAUACGAGUCAACAAGCCCAACCACCAUCACAGCAGGUAGCACAACAGACGUCGCAGCAGGCGCAACAGCCAUCACAACAACAGGCGCAGCAGUCACCGCAACAACCACAGGUGAAGCUUCAAUCCCCAUCUCAAAUUCGAACACCUCAUCAAAUGCACGCUGUUCCGAUGCAAACGGCCCAGUUACAAACAACACAGAUGCAGAUGCAACUUCAAGCAUUACAAAUGCGGGGUACACCUCCAACACAAGCUAGUCAGAUGUUACAGUUAAAAGCUCAAUUACAACAAGCACAGAUGCGACCGCAACAGCUACAAGCCUUACAAGCUCAAUUGCGAACACAACAAAUGCAAACAGCACAGGCACAGGCGCCAAGGAUGCAAUCACAGCAAUCACAACAAUCACAGAUUCAAACUUCACAGGGACAAUCAACUCCUCAACACGCUCAGCUGGGGUUGCAGCGAACUCCGCAACAGAUGGGAACUCCUCCGCAAUCUCGUGCGCAAGGACAAACCCAGAUACAAUCACGACCUGUCUUGCGUCCGCCCUUACAAGCUCAACAAACACCGGCACAACCUGUUGGGCAGCCGCAAGUGACGCAACAAUAUCACCGCCAAAUGCAGCUAAACCAAAUGAAUCAACAAUCCGCACCAGCAAAUCCGCAGUCAAUUCAGUUGCAAAGGCUUAUACAGCAGUUAGCUCGAAGCCGGGGAAUCCCGGAUGCACAGCCGAAUACGUCCAUCAGAAUGUCGCAGCAAUUGUUGCAUCAGGGUUUAUCUCUUCAGGCAUUAUCUAACGGGCAGGGGCACGGAAAUAUUAGAGUGAUGCCUACUAAUACGGAGUUGAUCCAAUUACUUCGAAACCAACAACAAAACCAACAGCCGCAACCACCCGCAUAA